AAAAAUGACGUGGAAAUAUGCCAGGUGCUAAAAGCAUAAACGGAGGUAAACAUAAGUUAGAAAUAGGGUUUUGUUUGUGUGCUGAGAGAAGAUGCGAUUAGAGCCUGAACUGCUGCCGUUUAGCUCGGCUGUGUUUGUUUUCAUAGGUCACUGCUGCUCUUUGAAUUAAACUGCUCCAAGCCCAGUUUCUCCCGGGGUGAGGAGGUUACCUGGGAGACACGGUGUAAACUCAACAGCCCCGCGUAGCCGCAGCGCCUGCAGCCUCUGCCUCGAGAAUUGUGCUCCGCACUCAGGGAAACAGCCGAAAAUAAAAUCAAAGUGUGUGUAAUUGCUGUCCAGUUCCUCGCUGGCCAGCAAAGGAAGGCAUCUGCGAGCUGAAAAUGCUCUGUAACUUCCCUUUGGGUUGCUGUGCCACUUUGACUUUUAGCUGCUGAAGAACCAGGUUUCUGGGUGUUAAUACAUUUAAAGACCAUAUGUCUGACAAUCAACAGGAUAAGAGGAGAAGCAAAAAAGGUUGUGGAAGUGUUGCUGCAGACAAUAUAAUGGAAGAAAUGCAUCAGUCAGACAAAGUUCUAGGAAAAACCAGCCAAAUUGCACCAACAUCCAGAACACAGCCAGACCAACAAGUGGCAUGUUUUCCAAGUAAAAAUCAGAUUGUGUUACCCGGGAAAUAUCACACUUCAUUACCUUUCUUCUCAAAGGAAGACAACAUGGGAUGUGGCUUUGGCUUCAACUUUGUGCUACAGACCUCAUGCCCAGAAUCUAACAUUUCAACAUCAUUUAUGAAUUUAGAUAGUUUCCAGAUAAUAAAAGCACAAAUACAACAAAGGUUAAAUGUAACAAUGCUAAAAACCAGGAACAAGAAAUCUGAGUUUCAUUUGCCACCACUGACAUGUCAGCCUGUAAGAACAAUUCAUCUAAAGGAUGAUAUUGUCAAUGAAAGCAGCAACAUCAGAAAUAUUUUAAAAAUUAUGAACUCUGUUCCUCAGCCUAUGAAACCAGUUACUAAGGUUUAUCAGUAUCAGUUGGACAACUUAUUAAACAGGCACAGUGAAAAGAAAUUACCAGAAUUGAUCAUGGCCACAGUUUCUGGCAAGUUCACUCCAGUGAAGGACUUGUACUACUUCAGCAUUAAUAACUGUGAUAAGUACCCCAAAAACAAGAAGGAAGAAAUCCAAAGCCAUUUAAAAUGGAGGGAAACUGAUGUAACAAUCCACACUGAGAAGAAGGUGAAGUUCCAGUGUUCAGUGGUUUGUGAGAACAUCAAUCUUCUGAGCCAAGCCAGGUUCUGGGAUGAGAGUCAUCCCCACUUGAGCUCAAGCAAUGCUCUGGGGAACUGUGGCAUGUUCACAGCCCAGACAACAUUUACAAUGUCCAGCAACAGCGAUGCCUCAAGAGCCAGCAAUAAGCAAAAUGAAGCAGAGAAUUGCUGUAGCACUGGUCUGGAAGAGGAAAACGCUACAGAGAUGAUGCGGGGUUAUAAACCACAGGAAGAUGCCAAGAGUGCCAACUUUGUGCUUAGCAAUCAGGAUUUAGAUUCUUCCUGUGGAAAUGAAGUGAUAGAGGUGUACAAAGCUUUAGAAGAUAAUUCUGUAGUUGCAGUAAUUCCCCGAUUAGAAGUUGAAGAUCCCUCUGGAAAAGAGUCAGAAAAUCAAAUCUGUCUCUCUAAAUAUGAAAUAGAAAAAGAAGCAAUGUCAGAAGCAACUUCAGAGGACCAAAGUGAGCUCGUAGCUGUUGCUCAUGUUACAUUCUCUCAACAAAAGCCAGCCAGGGAACCACACAUUGCUGAAAAACCUGCCACAAAAAAGGGUGGUGUCUGUACCCUGCCUCCUCAUGUUACUCAGAACCUCAAUUUUCUUGCUCACAAAGAAAAUGACAAAAAUAAAAUAAAGAUGAAUAGAAAUAAAUAUUCAUCAAAAUCUAAAAUUAAUAACAAGAUAAAAGUAUCUGAAGACUUAAUUGCUUCUGAUGAGGUUACCACAAAAUCAAUUGCCAAGACUCAGAUUUUUCCAUCUUUGGAACUGACAAAAGUGAAAUCUGAGACUUCCAUGAAGUGUCAGAAAAAAAACACUCAAGGAGACAAAGGCCAUGUUUCUCAGAGAGCACAAAAAAUUAAAAAGCAAAGUUGCUUCUGCAGUUGCAAAAAUUCAACUGUCUUAAAGCAACAUGUUACUCCACUUUGUGUGCCACAUGCACCCUCUGCUUCAGAUUUUGUAGAUCUGAAAUACACUGACAUGUUCAAAAUAAUAAAUUCAGAUGACGAAGGCCCAGGUAUUUACGAAAUGUUUGGAACUCCCGUCUAUUCCCACAUGCGAGACCUCGAUCAGCAUGAGGGCAGUUUUCAUAAAGGUGUUCCUUCUGCUUCACCAGGGAGGUGCACCUGCAGAUCUACCUGCAGUAAAGUGGGAGAAAGCAGCAGAAUCAGAAAUGCUCAAAAGAAAACACAUUCCAAGCCAAAGAAGAUCAUACCUGGUGCUAAACAAAAGCAGAAAGGUUUUGUCAUGAAGGACAGAAGGACCAAGCUGAGUGACAGCAACACAGAGCAAGGUAAUGUGACAACUUCUGACUUGGAUUCUCAAACACACACCUCAAGUAACACAGCAUUGUUUCAUGGAGACAUGGAUCAUCAGCUCACAUUUUUAGAAGAGCUUUCAGGGUCAACUAAGCAAAAUGAAAAGUUUACAAAUUCAAACCUAUCAACGAUUAAAGAAGUUUCUUUGGAGCAGUUGUUAGACAGCCAGGAUAAAUCCACCCAUCAGAGAACUGCUGCCUGUAGCCAGGAUCUCCUUCAGUUCAGUGAUAAAGACUGCAGAGAAUGUGUUGCUCCAAGUGGCAGUUUGGUAACAGCAGAGCAGAACAUCUGUGUGCCCCAGUGCAGGGGGGAUAUGGAUGGUGGCAAAGGCCUGGAAUCACACCAGGACUCCAAGUCUGACAGUAAAUGUGAACUGCCCUUUUCAGAUAGACUGCAGUGUCAGUCCCCUACAAAAAUAUUAGAUCACAAUUGGGCAGACACACCUCAAAACAGUGGUUUGGCAAAUGAAUGGACUCGACCUUCAGUGGUUCAGACAAAAAAUGCCAAAAGCCCCAGUUUCCAGACAAGUCAGAACAUUUCCUCCUGGUCAGAUACUCAGGAUGUGACUGAUGAGCUGCUUUGUUGUCUGGCCAAAGAAUUGCUAAUGCUUGAAGAAAAAGACACUAAUUCUUCAAGAACAAAAAAUACAAGUUCUAAAAUACAGAAUACACAGAGUGAAGAAGAGGAAAAUAUGUUGACUGAAGAUGGAGCAAUAAUAAUUAGUUCUCUAGAGAAGAGUUACAGUAAAGCCCUUUUGGCUUCAAAUGAAGAAAAUGGCCUUCUAAACUUUGAUGAAUCUACUAAAUUACCAGGAAGCAGUUUGGCUGCCAAAGAUCCUGUCAUGUGGACAAGAGGAGAAGUCCUUGGAAAGGGAGCCUAUGGCACAGUGUACUGCGGUCUGACAAGCCAGGGACAGUUAAUAGCUGUAAAACAGCUGGUUUUGGAUACAUCAGAUCAACUCACUACAGAAAAGGAGUAUCAGAAGUUCCAUGAGGAAGUUGAUCUUUUGAAGACAUUGAAGCAUGUAAAUAUUGUAACCUAUUUAGGAACAUGUCUGGAAGACAACGUUUUAAGCAUAUUUAUGGAGUUUGUUCCUGGUGGCUCCAUUUCCAGUAUUCUGAAUCGCUUUGGUCCGUUGCCAGAAGUUGUCCUGUGUAAAUACACCAAGCAAAUUCUACAAGGGGUUGCAUAUUUACAUGACAACUGUGUGGUCCACAGAGACAUCAAAGGCAAUAACGUGAUGCUCAUGCCCACCGGGGUAAUAAAGCUGAUUGACUUUGGCUGUGCCAGGCGCCUGGCCUGGGCCAGCCUCAGCAGCACCCGCGGCGAGCUGCUCAGGUCUGUGCACGGCACUCCCUACUGGAUGGCUCCAGAGGUAAUAAAUGAGUCUGGCUACGGCAGGAAAUCAGACAUCUGGAGCGUUGGCUGCACCGUGUUUGAGAUGGCGACAGGCAAACCCCCUCUGGCUUCCAUGGACAGGGUGGCAGCCAUGUUCUACAUCGGGGCCCACAGGGGGCUGAUGCCGGCCCUGCCCGAUCGCUUCUCCAGCGCUGCCGUGGAGUUUGUGCACGCCUGCUUCACCAGAGAUCAACACGAACGGCCUUCUGCUCUGCAGUUGCUGGACCAUCCUUUUGUGAAAGGAAGAUGGUGAAUUUUUCAAAACUCUUGCCAAAUGAGCAUGUGUUUUCCAUGGAAAAGAUUUUCACUUGUGAAAAAAAGACCAGGAGGAACUGGACUUUAAUGUGACAGCAGAAAUACUGGAGAGCAGUUGUAUUCAAGGAGUCUGUUCUGCAAUGCCUGUCCCUCACAGUGAACAGAAGGCCACCCUGUGUUGUAUUUGGAGAGACUUAAAGGGAAAAUAAAGUCACCAUCAGUGGCAUGUGACAGGCCAGGUAAGCUGGAAUGUCUGUAAAAUGCUAUGGAACACAAGCUAUGGGCAGAGAGCUCUGCAGGUAACUCCAGCUUGGAGAGGAGUAAUGAGUGUGAUGAUCCCACAUGGGAACCUCAGACCAUCUACUGGCAUAAAAUGUACUGAGGCUUUAUUCAGUCAGGUGGGCCCUUUUGUUUAACUGGACUUUCACUUCACUUUUUAGCUGAAAGUGAGUAAGUUUUUUAUGUACAUGGAUGAGCCCUGUGUUCCUGAGGCCCCAUAUCUCCACGAGAUACUGUGGUGGUAAUGGUAGAGAUAAUGAUCUAAUCCAUGGGGCUGCCUGUUUUAAAUGAAGUAGUGCAUUUUAUGGGCACUUUCAGGUCGCAGAAGGUUGAGGUUGGAAGGGGCUCUGGAGAUGCUCUGGUCCAGCCCCACUACUCAGAGCAGGGCUGACUGAAUCGGGGUGCUCAGGUCCUUGUCCCAUUCACUUUAUGGAUGGAGACUCCAAAGCCACUCCAGGUAACAUGCUCCAGGUCUUUCACCCCCCACAAGAUAGAAAUGAUUUCAGGUCAAGUUGUCCCAUUGUUCCUUGUCCUGUCACUGUUAACACUGCAGAGUCUGGCUCUGUCUUCCUUACUGUCCCCAUGGGCUGCUGGUACUCACUGAAAACCUGAAAUGCUUCUCCAACCACUUGAGUGAGCACUGUCUGUGACUGCGUGACACAAACAGAGCCCCUCUGCACUCCAAUCUUUACACUUAGUAGAACUAGCUACUACGAACUGAACAAGAUUAAAUAAAAUCUGAAAAGCUUUAUUAAGUAUUAAUAAAGCAAAAAAAGCAGGUAUUAGUACUUAGAAUGCCCUUUUGUUGAGAAGAUUUCUUCCUAUCAAAGUGGGGUAAAUCUUUAGCUUUUUUGGAGCACCCAGGCUCCAGGAAGAGAGGCAGUAAAACUCAGCCCUACAAGUGUUCAGAGCUGAGCUCUCAGGAAUCCAAGACCCUGAUUUCAGUACCAGCAGUAUUAUGAACAUUUGUGUUUUACAAAUGGGAAAGAAGGCAGUUCUAUAUUUCAUAUAAAACCAACUUUCCUCAGAGGGCUAAACAUCUUAGUUACUUAAAUAGCUUUCAAACUUAAUUUUAUUCCAGUAGCUUGACUUUAGAGAGUUAAGUCUAAACUUUAUGAAAGCAAAGAGAAAUCAGUACUUCUAGCAAAAUUCUUUAUUAAUAGUUUCUGUAGGUAUAAUGUCACAUAACAAUGACAGAACAUUAUGCCAGUAUAAGAUAAAUCCUAACAUCACAGUAAUCUUCAAAGUUCAAGCAGUUAACAGUCCUUUUUUGAGGAGUAGUGUUUGGUGCUCAUGCCAGACAUCCAUGGCAACAUCAUGUUAAAGUAUCUUCACGUUAAAGUACCUCGCAGAAUAAAGGCAGGAGCCCGGGCAUGUGAGCUCUAGUGGGAUGUACAUAAUUCCAUGAUGUGUACUAAUUCUUCUUAGAUUAAGGUAGAGUCUUCAACAAAGCUGCAAAGUAAAUAUGAGGGUUUAUUUAUCAUGAAAUGAAGCUGAGAUGAGAGUCAUAAGCAAGGAAAGAAUGGGAAUGCUUUAGAAUAUAUAAUUAAUUUAAAAAA